GAGUGCGCAGUGUGGUGACCGGCACUUGCCUCGCUGACGGAACGCACCGGAGGGAUAUUUCGGGAGACUCCUGUGGGAAGCAACCACGGAAAGACAGAAGAUGAAAGCUCCUAUUCCUAACUUGAUUCUCUUGUAUGCUACUGUAACUCAGAGCUUGAAGGUUGUGACCAAAAGGGGAUCAGCGGAUGGAUGCACUGACUGGUCUGUGGAUUACAAGAAAUAUCAAGUUCUAGUUGGAGAACCUGUUCGUAUAAAAUGUGCACUCUUUUAUGGAUAUAUUAGAGCUAAUUACUCCCUAGCCCAAAGUGCUGGACUUAGUUUGAUGUGGUACAAAAGCUCUGGACCAGGAGAUUUUGAGGAGCCUAUAGCUUUUGAUGGAACUAGAAUGAGCAAAGAAGAAGACUCCAUUUGGUUCCGACCAACAGUGGUACAAGACAGCGGGCUCUAUGCGUGUGUUAUAAGAAACUCAACUUAUUGCAUGAAAGUGUCCAUUUCGCUGACGGUGGGUGAAAAUGACACUGGACUCUGCUACAAUUCAAAGAUGAAAUAUUUUGAAAAAGCUGAACUUAGCAAAAGCAAGGAAAUCUCAUGCCCUGAAAUUGAGGAUUUUUUAGUUCCAUUUAGGGAGCCUGAAAUUCUGUGGUAUAAGGAAUGCAAGUCAAAGACGUGGAGAUCAAGUAUUGUGUUUAAGAAAGACACUCUUGUCAUUCGAGAAGUUAGAGAGGAUGACAUUGGAAAUUACACUUGUGAGUUAAAAUAUGGAUUCUUUGUUGUCAGAAGAACUACGGAGUUAACAGUUACAGCACCACUAACAGAUAAACCACCAAAGCUUUUACAUCCUUUGGAGAGUAAGCUAACAAUUCAGGAGAUCCAGUUAGGUGGUUCUGCUAAUCUAACUUGCCGAGCUUUCUUUGGAUAUAGUGGAGAUGUUAGUCCUUUAAUCUACUGGAUGAAAGGAGAGAAGUUUAUUGAAGACUUGGAUGAUAGUCGAGUUUGGGAAAGUGACAUCAGGGUUCUCAAGGAACAUCUUGGUGAACAGGAGGUUUCCAUCUCAUUGAUUCUUGACUCUGUAGAAGAGGCAGACCUGGGAAAUUACUCGUGCUAUGUUGAGAAUGGAAACGGACGCCGUCAUGCCAGUAUUCUUCUGCAUAAAAGGGAGCUGAUGUACACAGUUGAGCUUGCUGGUGGGCUUGGUGCUAUUCUGCUGCUGCUUGUUUGUUUAGUGACUAUCUACAAGUGUUACAAGAUAGAGAUUAUGCUCUUCUACAGGAAUCAUUUUGGAGCUGAAGAACUAGAUGGAGACAACAAAGACUAUGAUGCAUAUCUAUCUUAUACCAAAGUGGAUCCUGACCAGUGGAAUCAAGAAACUGGAGAAGAAGAAAGAUUUGCUCUUGAGAUACUACCAGAUAUGCUUGAAAAGCAUUAUGGGUACAAGUUGUUCAUACCAGACAGAGAUUUGAUUCCCACAGGAACCUACAUUGAAGACGUGGCAAGAUGUGUAGACCAAAGCAAGCGGCUGAUCAUCGUAAUGACUCCAAAUUAUGUGGUGAGAAGAGGCUGGAGCAUCUUUGAACUGGAAACAAGGCUCCGAAACAUGUUAGUCACAGGCGAGAUCAAAGUGAUACUCAUUGAAUGCAGUGAACUACGGGGAGUUAUGAACUACCAGGAGGUCGAGGCCCUGAAACAUACCAUCAAGCUUCUUACUGUCAUUAAAUGGCAUGGACCAAAAUGCAACAAGUUGAAUUCCAAGUUCUGGAAACGUUUACAGUAUGAAAUGCCUUUUAAGAGGAUUGAACCCAUCACACACGAGCAGGUUUUAGAUGUCAGUGAGCAGGGGCCCUUUGGAGAACUGCAGACAGUCUCUGCAAUUUCCAUGGCUGCUGCCACCUCCACUGCUCUUGCCACUGCCCAUCCAGACCUGCGCUCCACCUUUCACAACACAUAUCAUUCACAGAUGCGCCAGAAACACUAUUAUCGAAGCUAUGAAUAUGACGUACCUCCUGCUGGCACCCUGCCGCUUACCUCAAUAGGUAACCAGCAUACCUACUGCAACAUCCCCAUGACACUUAUAAAUGGGCAGCGGCCGCAGACAAAAACUGGUAGGGAGCAGAACCCAGAAGAGGCUCACACAAACAGUGCGAUACUGCCCCUCUUGCCACGGGAGACCAGUAUAUCAAGUGUCAUUUGGUGA